AUUUGCAAUUUCUAUAUAAAGAUUUAAAGCAUAGUUGGAAGAAUAGCAAAACAGCAAGUUUUAUUAUUCUGUUUUUACUUUUUAGUAACGUAGCCAUUAAGCCAUGGCUUGUGACAAGAGUUUUUCUAGCAGUUAUAUGUUAUUGAAACCAGAGGAAGUACGUUUCUUUGAUCUCAUACACAUGUUAUUUUCCCGUGAUAUAGAGAAAAGGAAGUUUGUGGAUGCGCCUGAGGGCACCAAAGAGGAGAUCUCCGGUAGGUGGCUCAUGUUCGUCUCUAUAUUGACUCAAAAGUUCCUGCAAUUUGUGGCAAAACCGCUCUCAUUUGUUGGAUCAACUACUGAGAUGGGGCUGAACCUUGUGUCAAGUAAUCGCAACCUCUUUGUGCUUUUGCUAAAUGCUUUACGAGGGAAUGUAGUAAAACCCGAUAAAACAUCAGCAAGUUUCUUGUCGUUUCUUGGUUAUUGGGACAAGCGAGUUCAGUUGGACAGUAGCAUCGAGCGCGGGGAUGGAAAGUACAAUGCAGCACUGUCUAUGAUGGCUUCUAAAGUAUCAUAUGAGAACAAAGCCUACAUCGAAGCCAUAGUCAAGGAUCAUUGGAAUAUGGAGUUCUUGGGUUUUUAUGACUUCUGGAACGAUUAUCAAGGGAAAGCCACAACACAAGCCUUCUUGCUUCGUGAUAAAACUGCUGAUGACUAUGAUACUAUCGUUGUGGCCUUCAGAGGUACUGAACCGUUCGAUUCAGAUGCAUGGUGCUCUGACUUUGACAUCUCAUGGUAUGAACUCAAAGGACAGGAAGAAGUUGGAAAAAUCCAUGGUGGCUUUAUGAAAUCACUAGGCUUACAGAAGAAUGAAGGUUGGCCUAAAAAUAUUACCAAAAAAGACGAUAGCCACCCAGAUUUAGCUUACUAUGCCAUUAGAGAAAUGCUAAAAGAACUUCUGGGCAAAAAUGAAAAAGCAAGGUAUAUAAUCACAGGGCACAGUUUUGGUGGAGCUCUAUCAAUUCUCUUUCCAGCUAUUUUGAUAUUGCACGAAGAGAAAUUGUUGCUGGAGAGAUUGGAUGGGAUUUAUACGUUUGGGCAGCCUAGGGUGGGAGAUAAAAUAUUUGGGAAGUUUAUGGACCAAAAAUUGAAGGAUCAUAAUAUUCGUUAUUUUAGGUUCGUUUAUGGUAAUGAUAUAGUGCCUAGAUUGCCCUAUGAUGACAAAACACUAAUGUUCAAGCACUUUGGGACUUGCCUCUAUUAUGACAGGUUCUAUGAAGGGAAGAUUGUCGAGGAAGAACCAAACAAGAACUACUUCUCACCACUGGGAGCGAUUCCUAUGAUGAUAAAUGCAUUUUUUGAGCUGAUCAGAAGCGUUACUAUUAAGUACAAGAAGGGACCAGAGUACCAAGAAGGUUCGGUCCUUAGAUUAUUUAGGAUAAUUGGAUUGGUAAUUCCCGGAAUACCAGCUCAUUCCACCCUCGAUUAUGUAAAUGCCACUCGACUGGGAUCCUCUGAAUUAUUUCUCCCACACAAAAAUCCAGAAAAUCCAAAUUAAUUUAUAUUGCUUAUAUUUUGAACAGGACAAGUACGUAGAAAUUGCUUUUGCAUGGCCUUAUACUAGUGUCAUUGAGUGAAUGAGUGUGCAUGUGGUUUGCACUAGCUAAAGAUAUAAUGAGUGUGCAUGUUUAAUUUGGACAUGAAAACACCAUGGAAUUGUACUAGAUUUUUUUUAUUAUUUUUAUACAUUAUAUCAAUUCGAUCGUGUGCUCCAUUCAGAAUCAA